AUGGAAACUGGGGGCGAUGCCAGCACAGCCCCUCCGCGGAGGGGAGGCGGCGACGGCGAGUUAGCAACUGCUGGUGUAGCAGAAACCGCCGGUUUCCAAGCGGCCGCCGCUCGCCCACCGGCUCCUGCGGGGGGAAAGGAUAUGAAUAUGGAUGAUGAGCCAGGCAGCGCUAGUCGAAGAGGCGGUGGCGGCGUGGAUCCUGCUGCAGUGCCGAAAGGAGGCAGAACCGCGGCCCCCGCCCCCUUUCCCCGUGUGCCUUACGCCAAAAAUCCCAAAACAGCCCACCAGCGCUUUCUGCGGAGGAGUGUGGUGGAUUCCGAUCAGGAGGAGCCCCCCUUUGAGCACGCGGAGCCGGAGCAGCAACAACAGCCCAAGAAGAUCCUCAUCCUCUCCAAAACCAGGCGGAUAAUCGCCGAGAGGGCGAAAGCGGGGCAGAGGCCCGUGGUGGUGGAAGAGACGCGGCCGGGAGAGGAGCCCGCUGGCCAGGUGAAAGGGGUGGCCGCCGAGAGGCUCUCGGCAGGUGACCAGGCGAAGGAGGGCGGCGGCAAGGAGGAUGCCGGGAAAAAAGAAGUGUCCGAACCUUCCAAGGACCAGGGCAAGUCCAAGAAAGAGGAGGCCGAAGAAGAGGAGGAGGAGGCCGAUAUGAAAGCGGUGGCCACCUCCCCCGAUGGCCGGUUCCUAAAGUUUGAUAUUGAACUUGGCAGGGGAUCUUUCAAAACGGUCUAUAAGGGGCUGGACACAGAAACGUGGGUUGAGGUUGCUUGGUGCGAACUUCAGGAUCGCAAGCUGACAAAAGUGGAACGGCAAAGAUUUAAAGAAGAAGCAGAAAUGUUGAAAGGUCUUCAGCACCCAAAUAUUGUUAGGUUUUACGAUUUUUGGGAGUCGUGUUUAAAAGGAAAAAAGUGUAUUGUGCUGGUAACAGAACUGAUGACCUCCGGAACUCUGAAAACCUAUUUGAAGAGAUUUAAAGUGAUGAAACCAAAAGUUCUUCGUAGCUGGUGUCGGCAAAUCCUAAAAGGUCUUCUUUUUCUGCACACUCGAACACCGCCAAUUAUUCAUAGAGAUUUAAAAUGUGACAAUAUUUUUAUAACUGGGCCAACUGGAUCUGUGAAGAUAGGAGAUUUGGGUCUGGCAACUCUUAAGAGAACUUCAUUUGCCAAAAGUGUCAUAGGUACUCCGGAAUUUAUGGCCCCAGAAAUGUAUGAAGAACACUAUGAUGAAUCAGUGGAUGUAUAUGCUUUUGGAAUGUGUAUGUUGGAAAUGGCUACCUCAGAAUAUCCAUAUUCAGAAUGCCAGAAUGCUGCUCAAAUUUAUAGGAAAGUAACCUCUGGUGUCAAACCAGCAAGUUUUGAUAAAGUUACUGAUCCUGAAAUUAAGGAGAUAAUUGGAGAGUGUAUUUGCAAAAAUAAAGAAGAGAGAUAUGAAAUUAAAGAUUUAUUAAGCCAUGCCUUCUUUGCUGAGGAUACUGGGGUGAGAGUGGAACUUGCAGAAGAAGACGAUGGUAGAAAAUCCUCUAUUGCCUUAAGACUCUGGGUAGAAGAUGCUAAGAAAUUGAAAGGGAAGUCCAAAGAUAAUGGAGCCAUUGAGUUUACUUUUGAACUGGAGAAAGAAACUCCAGAUGAUGUUGCACAAGAAAUGGUUGAUGCCGGAUUCUUUCAUGAAAGUGAUGUCAAAAUAAUUGCAAAAUCAAUACGUGACAGAGUAGCCUUAAUACAGUGGAGAAGAGAGAGGAUUUGGCCCAUGUUGCAUUCAGAAGAUCAUUGUGACCCGGAAAGCUUAGAAAAAACAAAGGCCACACAAGCACAACCACUUCAGAUUACACACCUUUCUCAUGCUGGUCAUCAGAUUCCAUCAGAACCAGAUGAGCCUGAAGUGGACCAGCAACUUUCUCAACAAAAUCUGCCCACAAGCAUUACUUCACUUGCAUCCGAUAGCACAUUUGACAGUGGUCAAGGAUCAACUGUGUACUCAGACUCCCAGAGUAGCCAGCAAAGUGUGAUCUACUCUUCAGUUCCUGAUGCAAUAACUCCAGCUGUUCAGCGUGUUUAUAGCCCACCUCUCAGUGAGAGCCAGACUUUGCCACAUGGUCUUCAGCAGAUAGGGCCCUACCAGCAACCUUCAGUACCUGGACUUCCAGUGGUUCAGGGUCCAACUGCUGUUGUGCCUCCGCGGCCACAACUUUAUCCAGAACCAGCAAUUCCAUUUCCUAUUGUCCAUCCCACCUCAGUUGCCCCUGUGCAGAUGAGACAACCUCAGCCUGUAUUAGUCAGCCAGCAGCAGUCCAUCUCAAGCCCAGCUCCUUUACCGCAAGUUUUCAGCAACCAGCCUGUGUGUCCAGUACAGCAACCUGCACCUCAUCUUUUGUCCCAGUUUCAAACGCCCAGUUCUCAUAUGGCAGCUACCAGUGCACCACUGGCACCUCUGCAGGUCCCCUCUGUGCAAUCACUUCCACCGGUUCCACCUGCUCAAAUUCCUCAGUUCCCCAUCAUUCCUGCAGUCACCCCUCUGGCAGGACUUGACACUCAUCCUUCAAACCUGUCUGAUAUACCUGCUGCAAAUAUGACCCCCGUCCCUGCUCCUUCUCAGUAUUUUCCUUCAGCUGUGAUAAUACCAAGCCUUCCUGUGAACUCAGCUCUGCCACUGUCAUCCAAUUCCCCUGCCCUCCCCAUGCAAGCAGUCAACCUUCCUCAUACUACUGUGGCUUCCUUGGUCUUACCCUGCCAAACAAUUGUGCCAAAUAUGCCAGAUGCUACAGUACCAUUAAUUUCUAUGCCUCUACCGGGAGUGUCAGCUUUACCAACACAUCAUGCAGCAGCCCAGCUCUCCCAACAACAAAUGUACCAGGCUACCCUCCAGCAGAUAAUACAAAACGAAGCUAUGUCUUCUCCCCUCCACACUCAGAAUAUGCAAGCAGUUUCACAACAGCAGCAACAGAUGCUGUCUUCACUUCCACAGUCACUCCAGCCAAGCAUAAUUCCUCCUUCAGAACAGGCUAUGUCUGCUUCUGGGGCUGGUAAUCAGAUUAUUGGACAUCCUCAGUAUGCUGUGGAUAUUGGAACCCAUAUACCUGCAUUGCCAGUGCAGGCGUCUGCCAUUAUAUCACCACCAUUGCAAUUGCAGCCUGAAGCAAUGCUACCCCGUAUUGCUUCAGAUGGACUUUCACAAAGCAAUCUUGGCACAACUAAUUCAGCAAUGUUGGCAGAUCACGGACUGCCCCUUCAAUGCUCUGCUUACCCACAGUCUCAGUCAGACAGUCACCAGCUUCCUGGCCAGCAGGUUCCAACUACAGGACCAGUUUCAGAACCUCCUCAAGAGGUGGAGCAAGCAGUACUGGAGAAGCAGCAGUCACUGUCACAGAGCUGUGAAAGUUAUAGGAGUCCUGAUAUUGCUUCUGGAAAAGAGAUGAGUGACAGUUUUGAAGGAACAAGUGGAGGUGGGAAACAAGAAGGAAAACCUUCAAAGAAACACAAAAAAUCAGCACGUGCUCGUUCACGCCAGGAAAAAUCCAAUAGGCCCAAGCUUACCAUUUUAAAUGUGUGCAAUACAGGGGAUAAGAUGGUGGAAUGCCAACUAGAAACACACAAUCACAAAAUGGUCACUUUUAAAUUUGAUUUAGAUGGUGAUGCUCCAGAGGAAAUUGCUACAUAUAUGGUUGAAAAUGAAUUUAUACUGCCAACUGAGAAAGAGAUAUUUAUUGAGCAACUGAAAGAAAUUAUUGACAAGGCAGAAGAUAUGCUUAGUGAAGAUACUGAAGGGGAGCGAAGUUCUGAUCAAGGCGUCAGCCCUCAGCAAGAUACCUACAAGCUUGAAAUCAAUGAGGAGAAUCGCCAAUCCCAUGCAAGAACACCCGUCUACCAACAGAACGUUCUGCAUACUGGGAAACGUUGGUUUAUCAUUUGUCCCGUUGUGGAAAAUCAAGCUGACGAAGUACCAGAAUUCUCAUCUCAUGCACCUCAAAGUGCAAAGCAGUCUGAAGCCCCAGGUCUGGAGCUGUUGGAUGAUCAGCAACAGAGCUCUGCAGUGACAGAAAAACAAACAAGCUUAGCUUAUCCACAUAUUUCUAAUCAACUUGGCUCCAAUGAGUGUCCCAGAGGAACUCCUCCUUCUUCUUUAACACAAGUUUCUGUACAAUCUUCAUUAACUUCCCUUUCAGAGGUCCAUCCAAUGUUAGCUUCAACCACACUAGAAAAAAUUGCUGAAAGUACAAGUCAGUUAGAAUGCCCUUUGCCACAACCAGUCUUAGCCAGUCAGUCAGACACCCCUGCCCAUACUGCAGCUACAUCUGAAGAACAUUUUGAGGAUAAGGUCCCUCUAAAAACCUCACAGCACACAGUACAAAAGAAAGAUGAGAAAACUUGCUUUCCCAAUAUAGAACAUGAACACAGCACAGCUGGACUGCCAAAACCAUUUCAGUCUACUCCUGUGCAGACAACAGAAAAUUCUUUCCCUGUCAGCGCUGAUGCUCCUGUUUUGGAACUUCAAUCUUCAACCCAAACCCCCAGUUUGUCAGAUAAUACUCAGCUUGGCCAGAUACCACAUUCUUUUGUAGACCAGAUACCUCCCAUGCCUGCAGUCUCUGAACUUCCAGUUUCAGCAACAUCUCAACUUUCAAGUCCUCCUCACCUCUCAACAGCUGUAUCUCAAUUGCAUAUGCCAACCCAGUCCCAGCCAGUGGUAUCCACUGGCUCGGCUAUGACUGCACCUCAGCCACCUUGUAUGGUAGAAUCAGAUGGUGAAGGGCCACCAAGAGUUGAUUUCACUGACAACACAAUAAAAAGUUUGGACGAGAAACUUCGCAACCUGCUGUAUCAAGAGUAUAUUCCAACAUCAUCUGCUUCAGCAGCAACACCAGACCAAGUGGAUGGUGAAUUUAAUCUGGCACCUUUGCCUGCACUUGUGUUAGAUUUGAAAAUUCCUGGAGUUGGCUUGGAUGCUCAUGUGGCUGAAGAUCAACCCUCUCCAAUUCUGGCAAAACAAUCUGAUGUUACUUGUACCGGGAUCCAGCAUUCAGAAAUAAACAAAGCAGGUCAAGAUGCAAAUGUCAGUUCACCUACUAUCCUAACAUCAGGAUACACUCAGGUUGUUUCUUCUUCACUUACAGCAGACCAGAAGGACAUUGCUAAGAGGAAUGAAAAGGAAAAUGUCAAUGUAUUACCUGAAAAGGGAAACAAAUCUCAAAAAGAUGGCUCUAUAGAUUCCAAUGUCAAAGAAGCAGAAACACCAGCAAAAACUAUAGGCAGAUUUUCUGUGAUCAGCACUCAGGAUGAAUUAACUUUAUCAUCUGUGCAUUCCUUGAGGUAUUCUGCACCUCCAGAUGUUUAUCUGGACAAUCAGCCUUCUAGCCCUGAUAUAAAGUCAUCUCUGCGCCGUGUGCAGACAGCUUCCUCUUUUGAUAUCCUUUAUGGAAAGGAUUCCAGUGAUUCUGGAGAUGAAUCUCUUCCAGGAAAACAAGUUGCAUCUCCAUUGUCUCCUCAGAGCAGUAGACUGGGAAACGAUAACAUUAAAAAGACUUCAUGUAUUCUGCAAAAGUCAGUAAAGUCAAGUUCACAGGGCCUUAAUUCUCCAAAUGGUCAUGGAUCAAAAAUCCCAACUAUCAACGUAACUUCUUUCCAUUCUCAGUCAUCAUACGUGAGUAGUGACAAUGACUCUGAGUUUGAAGAUGCAGACAUGAAAAAAGAAUUGCAGAACCUGAGAGAAAAACACAUGAGGGAGAUUACUGAGUUGCAGUCACAACAGAAAAAAGAAAUAGAAGCUUUGUACGUUCGUCUGGGAAAACCACUACCACCCAAUGUCGGAUUCCUUCAUUCUGCUCCACCAAGUGGCCGCCGAAGAAGAACAAGCAAGCACAAAUUAAAAACUGGGAAAUUGCUAAACCCCGUUGUCCAGCAGCUCAAAACAUCAAGUACAAGCAAUAUAUCAGAGCAUAAAGACCCUUUGGCUAAGGGAAGCACUAGAGCUCAAGCAGACUCUGCUGAAGCAAGAGGACUGACUGUGUCCACAUCAGCCAUACUUGACAGCUCAGUUCAGACUCAGCAACCUUGCUCUGUCAAGGCUUCAUUAUCCUCUGACAUUUGCUCUGGAGUAGCUUCUGAAGGAGGUGAUAUCCGUGGAAAUUCUGGCCAAGGCUGGACGGUUUUCCACCAAACGUCUGAGAGAGUGACCUAUAAAUCUAGUAGCAAACCUCGUACCAGAUUCCUCAGUGGACCUGUGUCUUUGUCCAUCUGGUCCACCCUGAAACGACUAUGUCUAGGCAAAGAUCACAGUAGUAGAUCUUCAGCAAACAGCCUUGUAGCAUAUCCAGAUCCUCUACCACAAACAACAAUACAGGUUCAGGUACAAGCCAACAACAGUAACAACAAGAAAGGAACCUUUACAGAUGAUCUCCACAAAUUGGUGGAUCAAUGGACAAACAAAACCAUGGGAACUGUACAAGCAAAGCCAUCCUUAAAUCAACUUAAACAGAAUCAAAAACGGCAAGACAUGGAGUCCAAGGCUAAUCCCAUGCAGACACAGAAUGAGACCUGUGGAGUAAGUGGCACUCCUUGAAGAGCAUUACGUUUUACUUUGGGUCUGAAAGCCAUUGCAAAACUGAUGUUUGGAGCAGGACAUAAGCUUUUUUUUUUUUAAAGAAAAAGCAUAUUCCAUAUAAAAUCCAUUUCAAUUCAUUGACUACUAAAAAUAACUUAAGAAUUUUUUUUUUUAUCAACUUGGACUUGAGCUUGACAACAUAUGUAUGGUUCAGUAUAUAACUUUUUGCAAAUUGAAAAUUGUGGAAAUUUAUAAUCAGCAAUAUGUUCACUGGCAAUCAAAUAUUGCUUGUCUUAAAUAAUUUCAAAUAACGUCAAUGAAGUUUAUUUUAUAUAUUUUCCCCAAAAAUAUUAAUUCCAUAGUUGGUAUAUUGGCAGCUGCUAGUGGGUUUUGCAAGUGACUCUGCCAAUAGUCCAAUUUUAGAACAGAGUAGUGACAACUGUCAAUAUGAUCCUACAUAAAUUUAUUCAAAUUAAGUCCCCUUUAGUUCAGUGUCUUGAAUUUUUAGUUUGAAGAAUGAAUACCAAUCAAGUCUGACUAAGUACAGUAGGGACUUCUUGAUAAAAUGCUUCAGAUUUCACUGUAAAUAAUCACUUUGAAUUGAAUAAAUGCAUUAAAUUUCAUAUAAAGAAAUAUAUUUAAAUAUACCAGAGUGGCUUAAAGAAAAAGAUGGGUAUAAUGUAUUCACUUCACCAUACUUCCAUUAUUCAUUUUCAGUGCUAUAGCUUAUCAUCUUCAACCUUAUGAAUUUCUGAAUUCAUGUAAAAUAUACAUAUAUGCAAAACUAAAGCCAUAAUAUUUUGGCUUGAACCAAUUAUCAUCUCCCUUCCCUUCCCUUUCCCACCUACAGAAUUCAAACACAGUUAUUGCAAGCAAGGCUGCUCCAAUACUUUUUGAAGCUUGGUGGUAUUUGAAAUCGAAUAUAAAUUAGAUCCAUCCUCUUUAGUAUUUAAGAAUGGGGCAAGCCCACUGGCAGCACUGUAAACAUCUGGAUUGACCAAGUCAUAAAUAAUGUGCUAGGGCCAUUGAAUCAGGGAAGUGUACUUAUUUAUUUAUUUAUUUGUAUUUAUGCAAAAAUUUGUAUAUUUUCUGUUCCAUAGAGGAGAAGCAUAAUUAAUAUAUCUGAAAAGGAGGAGAAACAUUUAAUUAGUGUUAUCAAGUAUCAACUGGUUUGCUACCUUCCUAGAGUUUAUUCUUUAAUCUUGGACGCCCUUGGCAGAUUAUUGUUGCUUUUUUUUACUACCACAGAAUCUAAAAAGCAGUAAAUAACUUUUCUGUUAAGUUAGAAUAACAGAAAACAAAAGACAUUGGAAGGACAGGGAUGUAUUCAUGUUUAUCCAUGAGCAGAUAGAUGUCUUUCAUUAAAACAAUUAAAUUCAUAGAAACAAGGACACUUAAACUUUUCUUUAAAUCAUAAUUUUUAAUUAAAAGUUUCAUUUACAUAGUGUGACUUCACAGGCUUAGGAUAUUUCAUAUUAAAAUAUAUAGAUUGUACUGUUGAUUGAAAGUAGAAAAAGAAUGGAAUCAAAUGCAGCAGUCUGCCUUAGCAACAAGAAAAGUUGCCAGAAACAUGGAUGAUGCUCUUUUUGAAUACUACACAGCUUCCAUUUCGGAAAACAAAAAGUAUAUGUGUUGACAUUAUUGUUUUGUUACAGCUCUGAAGCGCCAAUACACACACAUCUGGGAGAUCAGUCAAUACAAAAACACUAUAAUAACACAAAGGUUCUAAAAAUUAUGAAACCCACUCAGAGAGAGUUUUCUAUGUUUGUUUUUAUUCCCUUGUCAGUCAACUAGUCAAAUGGAAGAAGUAGGCUUGCAGUUCCCAAGCCUGGGCCCAACUGAGAGUAACCCUUCAGCAACCAUAGUUACAAUUGAACCGACCCUCCCAUUUACUCCCUGAUACAGUCAGGAUUUUGAUAAAGUGGUGCCAAGCAUUUCCAAAGAAUGUCUGCAUUCUAGUGAGAUCUAAGAAAAAGAAAAAGCUGAAAAGUACUGUACCAGAGAAAGACAGAAUUUUUAUUACCGGGUUUUGUACAUUCUUACAAUAUAUAUAUGUGCACAUAAUUGCUGUGCAAGCAAAUCUAUUCACAAAAGUUGACUGCAUGCUGUUUCAAUGCAAAUGUACUAUUCUUUUCCUUACCAUUCACUAUAAAUACUACAUAUGUUAUUUUUAUUCAGCAAAUGGCUCUGUU